UCCUUUUGUCCGCCCCUCUCUCCCCCUCUUCUAAACCCUGAGAGCUCUCGCCAUUUUUCUUCGCUCCCCACGCCGAAACCCUAGCGCUUGCUGCCGCUUCCGGGGAGGGAGGCGGCAGAGGGCGAGACCACCAUGGGCGUCUCUUUCAAGGUCGCCAAGGUCGGAACCCGCUACCGCCCCAAGCUCCCCCCUCCAGAUUCCCCCGACAGCGCCGGCGAGAAGGCCGAGGAUCCCGACACCUCCGGCGAUGCCCCGGCUCCCAAGCCGACCGAUCGUGAGGUUGCCUUGCCGGGUCUAGGUGAUGGCUUUGCUGGUUCAGUUUUAUCGGCAAAUAGUGAAAGCAACCUUGUUGGAUCAGAUCAUGAGGCAUCCUUCUCUCUAAACUUAUUUCCUGAUGGAUUUUCUAUGGGAAGACCUACCGAGGGUAUGCUUUUGCCUUCUCUUGAAGAUGCUCCAAAGUUGCUGCACCCUUAUGAUGGGGCAUCAAAGACUUUGUUCUCUGCAAUUGAAUAUGGAUGGUUGCCUAGUGACAUCUUAGAUGACCUACCUUGCAAGUACUACGAUGGAACUCUUAUUUGUGAGGUGCGGGAUUAUCGAUCCUGUAUGUCGAAAUUUAGAAACAGUGAUUCUUCUGGGGAUGAGUUUCCCAGAGUUCAGAAAGUGUGCUUACGGAUGGGCAUGGAGAAUGUUGUCAAAGAUAUGCCAUUAAUUUUUGAUGACUCAUGGACUUACAACAAUCUAUUGCAAGCGGAGUCUCAAAUUGUGAAGGCUUUGCAACCGAUGCUUUAUCUGGGCCCAGAUCCAUCACUAGACAGGCUUUGUAGGACGGUUCCGAAACAGCUUGAUUUAGGUAUAUAUAAACGAAGGCUGAUGAGCAAUCAACAUGACAUGCUAGAAGUAAACCAUAAAUCUGCUAAUCUAGAAAUGUCAAGCAUCGGAUAUGCUGAGAGUUUGAAGUCCCAAACAAGUGUUUCCUUCAAAAAUGAUUCAGCACAUCCUUCUCAGUGUGCCAUCUCAAGAAGCAUGCCACAAGCGCAAGAAGAUGGUAGCAUAAAAGAUGUUAUAGAGCCCACUUUACCACUGGCAUUCCAACCAAACUAUAAUUUAGUAGUCAGUUGCCCUUUAUCUGUUCCCAGUAGUGUGGUUUUCACAUCAGUACCUGAUCAUAAUCUCAGAGACUCUUGGAUUGGUUUGAAGAAUCCUAUUAAUCUUCUUGGAAAGAGGAAUAGAUCUAAAACACAACCAACCUCCAAAACUAAUGGCAAAAGGCCCAAACAAGAGCCACCAGACCUGGUUUCUUCACUGAUAAUUACCAGUCAAAGGGACACUAUGCUUGAUCAAGAACCACAAAGGAAUACCAUUCUGGCACGAAAACAUCAGGAAUUUCAAAAUAUGCAGCAUCUCAGAUUUUAUGACCAAAACUCUUCCCGACAGCAGAGGAAUGAAGCAUCUGUUGAAAGAACUGGAAAUCUGGAAGCCCAAAUGCACUCUUACUUGUACCAAGAGCAUGGACAACAUAUUGUUAAACAAGAGCCUAGAGACACAGAAAUCUUAUGCAGAAUAGAGGUGGAGAAGGACAGAGAAGGCCAUGCGCCGGAUAUCAGAAGUGAGAAAUCAAGUGAGCAGCAAACUCCAUCAUGUGUAAGAGCUCUGCCUCUCCAGAUGCAGGAAAUUGGUGCUGGACAGUCUUUUGAAAAAUAUCCGAAGAAGGAGAGAGCUUCUCGGAAAAGGAAACUCUCUCAGGGCCCACAAGUUUCAGCUCAGGGUUCAGAUUCUCACGUGUCCAAACUAGGAGAUAGACGAAGAAUAUUGUCAAGUUGCAGCACAUCGCCAACAGUUGCUGUGGUUGGAUUAUCCAAGGAUAAAGCUGCAUUAGUGCCUGCAGCUUCAAUUGGAACUCUUUCUGUAAAUUCUGCUUCUAGCAGUUCUCUGAUACAGGAGAGUCAGUUGACUUUACCUAAAAGGAAGAAAUCUAAAGCUCUUAAUAAGGUUACAUCUCAGAGCAUGAGUGAAAUAGGAUCUCUGGCACAUGUUGAUGAAUCAAAUGUUUUUGGAUCAAACAGUUCUUCAGUUGGGAUUGGAUUAUUGCCUCGUUCAGGGACUAAUGUUGAUCCUAGCACCUUAGAGAGGUUCUCAAAGAUUGAGAUGGUGAGCCAAAGGUAUGGACUCAACAGCAAAAGAAACAAAAUUGAUGAGUAUCCAACAACAAAAUCAUUAUUUGAAUGCUCUUUGCCACCAGCCAGACUUGUAAUGCUGGAGGAUGCAGUAGAAUGUGGGUCCCUUACAGAGAACUUGUGCAUGUCAAAGUACUUAAUUGGUGGAAGCAGGAAUGCUCGCAAGACCAGAAAGAUUACAUUUGUGCGUGUGAGAUUUUUCUUUAGAGGAAAUGGUAUCCCCUUCUUGGUUGAUGAGUCUCGGUGCAAAUUAAUCCUAACUGAAUUUGAGGAGCCUGACAUGCAUGAGGUCAGAGCAGAAGUUGUCUUUGGAGACAAAGAAGAACACUUCGAUGUUGCUUUUCUCCACACUCCUCAUCAUGCAGACCUAUUUGCUGCUCAGUUCACUUCAUUGAUGGAGCGUGAGGGCUAUAGACUUGUGGAUGAUCAACUCCAGCCAUUGUCAUCCUGCAAUCGUGGCCUUUCUUGUGAUUCUGUACAUACUGAUUCCUCUGGAGUUGCUCUGUAUCCUUGCACAGCACCUGUUACGAGCCAGUCGUUGAAGCCAGUUUCCCCAUUUGGUGACGGCAUCUCAGACUUGAACCCAUGCCCGUUUCCUCAGAAUAUUCACAUGCCAUCAAGGACGCCUACCUCGUCUUUGAAUUUGACCAGACAACAACAGUUGGAUAUUGUUUCUCAUCUUAAUUCCAUGCAGCAACAACACCCUCAGUUUCAGAGUUCCUUGCCUUUUGUUUGGAACAACCCACUGGUUAACACAAAUGUGCAUGUGGGUGAUACAAAUGUGCAGAUGGGUAAGGCAACACCCAACAGCACUGGCCAUUUUAACACAAAUAUGCAGAUGGGUAAUGCAACACUCAACAGCAUUGCCCAUCCCAGCACAAAUAUGCAGAUGGGCAAUUCAAGACCCAACAGCAUUCCCCAUCUAAACCUUCUUCGCUUGCAGCUGAGUAAACGGCGGAAUUAUGAGCAACAAGCGAUCUUACAGAAUAAGAUGGCUUUCCUUGGAACCACCAACAAUAUCAUCGGCAAGAGGGAAUGUGAAUCUGACUCGGAUGUCUGUCGCAACAAUGAUCACCUUAUUCAGAUACCCGGGUUCAGUCACUCUGGUCAGCCAUUCCUCCAAAGGGGAACUUCUGCAAGCGCUGCAGCUGUGCUACCAAAGUUGAGGCAGGCAGGCAGUCAGGGAAUGGGGGUGAUGAAUGGUAGUAUGCCUGUAGGGAGUUCGACUCGGGGGAUUUUUGGGAUGACAGGAGAUCGAUCUUUGCUGGCUCAGAUACUGGGAAGAAGCUGCAUCGAUCAAUUCCAGGACAGAGAUACACAGCCUGCUAUCUUUUCUAACAAGCAAUCUUUGAACCUGAGCACCGGCAACUAUGACCAGCGGCAUCAGCAGAAUAUCCAUCCAAGGGGAAAUCUGCAACUGCCAUUGCAACAGCUGCAUCAACAACUAGCCACUCAGCAUGAUUUGCUGACUGUGAAUCAGUCAAUACGACAGCUGCAGCAACAGCAACUUGGCUCUCUUCAGCAGCACGAUCCACAAUCACGGAAAACACCGAUGAGUCCAAAACAGUUGAGCUCAGGGUCAGCUACCCAACAGGUCAAUACUGGUAUUGUUGAUGCUGGAAGCCCACAGGUGAGCUCCCAGUCAGGUGCUUCCGGCGGCAGCGUCGCGAACUCACCUAUGUUACGGGGUCCUCAGAAAGGAAAUUAUCAUGGCAAAAGCUUUAUGAAAGGGCAGUGAAGAGCUUAAUUUUUCUGCUAGUUUUUUUUUUCUUUUAUUUUUUUAAUUUUUUUUCAUUUCAAGAAGGAAAGUAAAGGAGGGGCAUCGACGGGUCUGCAACAGCUUACAUGGAGAAAUUGGAGGGGAGCUCCAGCUUUUAUAUGUGGCUGCUCAAGGAAGUUUUUUCUGUUCGCAGUUGUAUCAAAAGGACCGUAUUGGGAAGUUCAUACCGCUUCUCAUUUGGUAACGAAGAUCCCUUUUUUUGGCUGGAACAGUUACCUUGAAAUCUGGAUAUUUAGGCUAUGUUUAUGUUGAUUGGAAUAAACAUCUUGUGCAAUAUAAGAUCAAUUGAACCAAUUAUGCA